AUGGAUUCCUCCAGUGCCAGUGGUCCUAGCCCAAACAUGUUGGAAGAGUCUCCUCACAACGACGUUCAAGAAGAGGCUUUGAGUUCCAAAGAAAUCAUUGAUCAAAGCCAAUCCAAUGAAGGGGUGGGCAAUCAAGAGUCAAGCUUUUCAAAGUCCGUUAGGGCGACAGGAUCAUCGAAGAAUCCACAUCCGACUCCACCUAUGGAUAAGGAAGAGGAGCGUGAGUAUAGCUGCAAGUACUGUAACCAGAAGUUCUCGAACAAGCAAGCUUUAGGCGGGCACCAGAAUGCGCACAAACUUGAACGAAUCAUUGAAAAAAAAAUCCAGGACUGGCAGAUGGCGAACUCCAGAUACCUUCCCCGUAAUAGUAUCAUAGGUUCUUUGUUCAACAGAUCUCAGAAAUUUUUCAGCAGGGCUAUGAUGAACAUGCCAUAUUUUGCUCGACAGGGAACCAUGCAGCAUGGAAUGAUGCGUUAUGCGCGUGCAUCUCGUUUCCUCACAAGGAUUAACGAGGGUCACCCUCGAUGGCCAAGGUCUAUGCCUGGAAAUGUUACCCAGUUUACGGCACGUCCCCGCUCUUCGUGCCUGGAAAAUCAACCUACAAGCAUUCUUUUUUCGACUCCAAGGCCUGUUCCCAACAGGAACAUUCUAGGAGAGAGUAGCAAUGUGCUGACGAACGGUCGAGAGACUCAGGUUGUUGAAGAUGACUCAGGCCUCGAUUUAACUCUCAGGCUUUAA